AAGGCCAUGAGAGCCUAAUACACCACAUUCUCCUCUACCACUGCAGUAACAAUUUUAAUGAGAGUGUUUUGGAUUAUGGCCAUGAAUGCUAUCACCCCAACAUGCCAGAUGCUUUCCUGACCUGUGAGACUGUGGUCUUUGCUUGGGCCAUUGGUGGUGAGGGAUUUUCAUAUCCUCCUCAUGUUGGCUUGUCCCUGGGUACACCAUUAGACCCUAACUACGUUCUUCUGGAAGUUCAUUAUGAUAACCCAACAUAUCAGGAAGGCUUGAUAGAUAGCUCUGGACUGAGGUUCUUUCAUACCACCAUUUUAAGGAAAUACGAUGCUGGGAUAAUUGAAGCAGGUCUCUGGGUCAGUCUCUUCCAUAACAUCCCUCCAGGAAUGCCUGAGUUCAGAUCAGAGGGUCAUUGCACUCUGGAAUGUCUUGAAGAGGCCCUAGAGGCUGAAAAACCAAGUGGAAUUCAUGUAUUUGCUGUUCUUCUCCAUGCCCAUCUUGCUGGCAGAGGUAUCAGGAUGCGCCAUUUCCGUAAAGGGGAGGAACUGAAGCUACUUGCUUAUGAUGAUAACUUUGACUUCAAUUUCCAGGAGUUUCAGUAUCUAAAGGAAGAAAGAACCAUUUUGCCGGGGGACAACUUAAUCACAGAAUGCUGCUAUAACACUAGAGAUCGAGGUGGACUAAGCACCAGAAGUGAAAUGUGCCUCUCAUAUCUACUCUACUACCCACGAAUCAAUCUUACUCGAUGUGCAAGUAUUCCAGACAUUAUGGAACAACUUCAGUUCAUUGGUGUAAAGGAAAUCUACAGGCCAGUCACGACUUGGCCUUUCAUUAUCAAGAGUCCUAAGCAAUAUAAAAACUUAUCUUUCAUGGAUGCGAUGAACAAGUUUAAAUGGUCCAAAAAAGAUGGCAUCUCCUUCAAUAAACUUGUCCUUGGGCUGCCUGUGAAUGUGAGAUGUUCCAAGACAGACAAUGCAGAGUGGUCGAUUCAAGGAAUGACAGCAUUGCCUCCAGAAGUUGAAAGACCAUAUAAACCAGAGCCAUUUGUGUGUGGAUCUUCCUCCUCUUCCUCCUCCUCUUCCUCCUCUUCUUCUUCCUCCUCUUCCUCUUCUACCUCCUCUUUAUACCCAAAUUUUGUUCUCCAGAUGACUGUUUCCUUUCUUAUCUUCAGUAACACAGUGAGCAUCAGGCAUUUUUCAUAAUAAUUUGAUGAUAUUUGGUGAUGUUCUCUAUGCCAAGCAAGCACAGAAUAUGUUUGCACUCUCAUUUCCCCUGGUCAAAGAGCAAUUAAGAUGAAGGCACAGGUCAUAGACUAGUUGGAAGUCAUCUCCUUCUUUCCCCUCUCCUGGUCACUUUUCUUAGGAUACAGACUUCUCCUAUCUUCACCUAGCUCAUUUAGAACACUAAUUAGCCAACUUCUACUUUUCCAGAGAUAUCAAAUUCUAUAUAAGGAUGUUCAGUGAAAUGAACACUCCAUGAAAUAAAAUCUUUCUUUGGGGAUAAGGAAAAGAUGGGACAAUUGUGCAUUUUGAUUCCCCUUCUUUAAAAAAAUAUUGACUAUUUUGCUUAAUUUCUGCUUUUUAAUAUACUUUGGAUUU